AUGGGACUGGUUUGUUACUCUGCAAGAACAUUUUUUAAGCACCAAAGAUCGUUCCUAUUUCCAGCUGUUAUUUACCAUUGGGAGUCCUACCAGACUGACCUUCUCAAUAAGGUCAAGGACCUCAAGGAUGUAGUUUCGGCUGGGGAUGGCCGGUAUGACUCCAUGGGGCACUCAGCAAAGUAUGGUGCAUACACAUUGCUAUGUACAACCAUCAUGAAAAUUGUACAUUUUGAGCUUGUUCAGGUAUGAAGGUUUUAUAAGUGAAGCCCUUCCAUAUAAAAGACAUGACAUGAAAGCCACCAUUUAUCAAAACCAAGAGGGAGUGCAAUUAAACAAAAUAAGAUGUUACUCAACCUUGAAAAAUUGUAUUCAGUUCUAGUGAUAUAGAACCCUUACAACACAUCUUCUUGUCAUCCAAUGAAAAUUUUCAGUAGAAUUACCCAUUUACUUUGUUAUGUGAAUUGACCUUUUUUUACCUUACCCUUGUAAAAAUAUAGUUUCAAGCAUCUAUUAAAAACGAGAGGUCUUGGACCUGCCAAUUAUUGAAGAUUUAUUAGAUCUCUUUCCCAAAAAAUUUCUUACAGGCAAAUGAGACUGGUGGCAGCUACCAAACAGAGCUUGAAGGAGUAAAACCGUGCUUUGGCUUUCUGCAGCGGCUUGGCGUUAAAAUUGGGGUGUUUAUCUCUGACUGUCAUAGAGGUAUAGCCAAAUGGAUUAGAGAAAACUGCCCUGGCACUACUCACUUCUUUGACAUUUGGCAUGUGGCCUGGUCAGUUACCAAAAAGCUGCUUGCUGCAAGUACAGAGAAGGGAUGUGAGAUCAUCCAGGAUUGGAUGAAGGGAAUUCGCCGACACCUUUAUUGGAGUGCUACAUCUACCAAACCUGGUUUUGGCAGCCUCACCCUGGCUAAGUGGAAUUCAUUCCUGCGACAUGUUGCAAAUAAACAUACUGACCACCCUGACCCACUCUACAAGGUCUGCAAUCAUGCAAACCUUCCAUCUAGAAAGUGGAUCAAAAUUGGUAAGGAUAUAAUUUUUAUUGUAUUUAUAGUUAAAGGUCACAGCUGUUGGAAUAUUGUCUUUAAUUUUAGUGUACCAAAAGUUCAUGUACACCCUUUUACUUUUUAUUGUAGGUACUGCUGCCUAUGACAAACUUAAAAGCCUUCUCACAGGCAAAGCAUUGCUGAAUGAUAUAAAGCAGUUGUCUCCAGAUGCCCAAACAAGUUGCUUAGAGGGGUUUCGUGACACCUUGAACCACUGGCAUCCAAAGAUGAUUGGUUUCUCUUGGCUCGGCUCCUUUUGCAGGCAGUACUAAAUUUUUGUCAUCAAAUAGAAAAAAUUAUGCUACAAAAACAGUUACUGUCCAACAUACAUUUUUACAAUUAAUAUUGCUUUUUCGUGACUAUUGACUACAUACCAGUUAGUACUUAAUUGACAACCAGUGGUUUCAACACAAUUAUUUUGAAGUAGGUGCCUGACUCUAGAAGAGUAGGCAGCUGUUACAAUCGAGAUUGUUGUUCAAGAACUGAUUGUUAUGACCAGAGUAGCCGGCGACAUGCAAUCAAGUAGCCAGUUUAACCCCGGCGGUCACUGGCUUGUUUUGAAACCCCUGAUUGACAACCCAUUUCAAGUCAUUGCACCCUCCUCCUGCCCCUCUUGUCACAGAAUGCUUGUUUUCAGACACAUCCUUGCCAGUCUCCACUUCAAUGAGAAUCUUCAUAGGGAUACCCAGGUAACCAGGGAUGGUAAAAAGUAUUUCCAAAUCACAUACCCAAAAUUCAAACUAGGUGAGGAGGUUGUUCGAGGAGUGGCUACACCCCCAACAUAUGGUAAGUUGACUGUAGAGUGAAUCAUUGUUAUACUAAUAAUUUUUCCUUUUUUUCCUUUUUAGAAUAGUUCUAAUAUUUUAUAAGAAAUAAAGAAUAAGAAAGGAUGUCAAGUGAAUAAACCUUGUUUUCCAGACUGCAUGGCAAACUACUUUGCAGUUGCUACAAUAUUGAUAAACUUAUAGGGAUGAGAAUAUGAUUUUACGAUUAUGUACAUUUCAUCAGCAAAGAAUAUUUAAAGUAAAUAUUUGGCAAUUUUGUUUUGUAUAGGGUAUGCUAAAGAUAUAAAAAGCUACUCUUUAAUUUGUCUAAACAAGAGAUGAAAGAGGUUUUUGACACAUUCUGCCCGGACUCCAGAACCCGUCACUGCCCAAUUUAG